UUUCCACAGAUUUUAAGUGGGUUUGCUCUGUUUCGUGUAGUCCCGUCAAUCAUCAUCACACAGAAAAGCUUCAAAAAGAAAGACUUUUAAGUGUCGUCAAGUACAAAUGGGAGGAGGAGAACCGAUGGAUCAUCAUCAACAACGAAUCUCCGCCACGAAAUCCGACGGUGUGGGCCAGGGGAACCUCUACUCUCCUGACCACGCGAUCAAAGUCGCUACGAAACUCGACGAAAACGUGGGACAGGUCCAGGGGGAUCUGUAUUCUCCUGACCACGCGAUCAAAAUCGCUACGAGCCCUGAGCAUAAGCUUAACUCUGAGUCUGAGGAGAAGCAGAGGAUGUUGGGGCUGAAGAGUCUCGCGACGGUUAAGGACAAAGUACUAGAGAAACUAGCGGCGGCUGCGGUUCCAUCGGAGUCGCUGGAAAACGCUAAACAGUUUUUGGAAGGUGUGAUUAAGGACUUCGCUGGAGCGGCGCAUGGGAUGACUAAAGACGCGUUGCACCGGAUUAAAACCCAUCUCGCUGUUAUUCUUCCCUCUGUCUCUCCUUCCGUCACCGGAAAGAUCGUGGACGAUGCGGAGAAGGAAGAAGAAGAUGAGAGAAAGUCAGAAGCGAGCUCCAACGAUGGAUCCGCCGGAAAGUUACCUUUCUCAAAGCUUUGACGGAUGAUCUGAGAUGGAUACUAUGUCAUGUUUGCUAAUAAUGAGUUAAAGAUGCACACUUUACAUGUUCUAGUGCAUAGUUCCAUAAGAAUUAUACUUUACAUGAUCAAGAAUCCGUAACAUCUCGUUAUAGUGUUGUCCUUGUUAAGCCAAAAAAAGAAACUAUUUCAGAUUAAGGAUAUGAAAGUGUUAUUAAAUACAGUGAUUCAAAAA